UCUUCCCUUCCAUGCCAAGGAAGACUAUCAAAAGCGAACACUUCCAACUUCCAAGCCUCUCAUAAAUCACACAUCUUCGAAGACAUGAGAACCAAGAGUAUGACAGCUGCCACGAAGGAGCACGAGCUACCUCCCCAAGCAAAUCAAAUCUCAUCCGAUUUCGACAAUAAUAUAUUCAUAGACCAGAAGGGAUGCAAGAAUCAGUUGCAACGAGUGUAGAAGAACAGUUUGUUGGGGAAGAAGGAGAAUAUUAAUUGGAUAUUUUCACUGUUUUUUUCGUAUCCGAAAAUGGGAUUUGCUCCCCAUAGCAUAGGGAAGUACAAGCUUGGCCGGACAAUCGGAGAAGGUACUUUCGCCAAGGUUAAGCUUGCCGUCGACGGCACCAGUUGCAAGCAUGUCGCGGUCAAGAUCAUUGAUAAGCACAUGGUCUUGGAAGCCAAUCUUAAGUCUCAGGUACAAAGCGAAAUAAGAACAAUGAAGCUUCUUCAUCACCCGAACAUCGUCCGAAUACAUGAGGUUCUCGGCACAAAGACCAAAAUUUACAUUGUAAUGGAAUAUGUAUCGGGGGGACAACUCACAGACAAGAUGUCUUAUGUCAAGAAGUUAGAGGAGUGGGAGGCAAGAAAGCUUUUCCAGCAAUUGAUUGAUGCGGUGGACUAUUGCCAUAACAAAGGAGUAUAUCACAGAGAUCUAAAGCCAGAGAACUUGCUUCUGGAUCAAAAGGGAAAUCUGAAAGUAUCAGAUUUUGGGCUAAGUGCAUUGCGGAAGCCUGGCGACACGCUAACCACAGCUUGCGGCUCUCCGAGCUAUGUAGCACCUGAGCUGCUUGUGAAUAAGGGUUACGAUGGAGCGGCUGCCGAUGUUUGGUCUUGUGGCGUAAUCCUGUUUGAAGUGCUUGCCGGUCAUCUACCAUUUGAUGACAGUAAUCUGAUGAACUUAUAUAAGAAGAUAUCCAGAGCAGAAUACACUUUUCCAGAAUGGUUUACUGAAGGCCAAAAGAAACUGCUCUCCAGGAUACUUGAUCCCAACCCUCAAAGGCGUGUGACCAUACCGGAUAUCGUCGAAGAUGAAUGGUUUCAAAAGGAUUAUGUGCCUUCUUGUGGAUAUGAAUGCAAAGAGAAAAUCCACAUGGAUGAUGUUAACGCCGCUUUCGAUUCGACUGAGGAGAUUGCCACAGAGGCAAAGAUUCCCAAAUCGCCAAGUUUCAUAAAUGCUUUUCAGUUGAUAGCCAUGUCACAUGAUCUCGAUUUAUCAGGUCUCUUCGAAGAGCAGGAUGAAAAUAAGCAGAAAACAAUGUUUGGAUCCAAGCAUACAAUUAACGAAACCAUAAAGAAAAUCGAAGCAGCGGCGACAGAUGUGAGUCUGUCGGUAGAAAGAAUGAAAAAUUAUAAGAUAAAGAUGCAUCCAAAACAGAAGAUGACUAGAUGUUCUAGAUCAUGCAUUGACAUCUCAGCAGAGGUGAUUGAGGUUGCUCCCACUAAUUGUGUAGUAAAAAUAUCAAAUUCUGUAGGGGAGCUACAUGUGUACGAAGAGUUCUGCAAAAGUUUAUCAAGUCUGCUGACAGAAGAACAAGCAGGGGUUUCAUCACAAAUGGAAAAGGCAGAGGAAGUCAGGGUUAAUAGCAAAACAAUCCAAGAUAGUGGAUGCUCUGAAGACACAAAUCACAAAGACAGGAAAGAUCCCCGCGGCUAUUCAUCCUGUUAAUGGUUAGCUUGUCUCUGGCUCCAACAUUCUUCAACCCAGCUUCCUUUUGGAUUCUAAAAUAAAGACGUAAAGCACUUCAUAUACAACAAACGCCUACGAAUGUACAGGUUUCAAAGGAGAUACUGCAAAUGGUUAAGGCUUGAGUUAUCAAGUUGAAAGCUAAAACUAUGAGUUUUCACAGAGCUGUUUGCUUCUUCCAAAUUGUUAGCUGUUUGUUCCCUUUCUUAUCUUAUUCAAAGAUGUAUACUACAAUGCGAAAUGUGAAAUGUCAGUUUUCAUUGUAUCUUAAA